GCUGAGCGCCGCGAGGCCUACGGGCAAGCACUGGCGCCCAACCGGCAGCGGCAGCACAGCCCGUCUUCCCGUCUUCCCGCCCUCCCAGCGCGGCCCCACCUCUCCGACCAACAGCCGACCCAAGCGUCGCCAGCUGCUCGAUGGCCACGGCCCCCAAAGAGCAGGAGCAGAGUCCAGACUGGCGGUCGCAGGUAGAACCCUCCCCGGCCUCCCCGUGGGCACGGCUGUCGCGAGGGGAGGGGCCGGGCUGUCUGCACCGCCCACAGGAGCGGCGGCGACGGGAGCGUUGGCGGCGGCGGCAGCAGCAGCAGCGUUGCGGCCGUGGCGGUGUGGCGGCGCAGCUUCUCUGCAUCUUGUUACACUAUGAAACAACUGUCAGCAGAGACCAUUCGUCUCAUUUCAAGCUCUCAGGUGAUCACAUCAGUAGUGAGUGUAGUGAAGGAGCUGAUAGAAAAUUCUUUGGAUGCCGGUGCCUCAAAUAUUGAUAUUAAACUGGAAAAUUAUGGGCUUCACAAAAUAGAAGUACGAGACAAUGGCAAUGGAAUCAAAGUGGAUGAUGUUCCAGUUAUGGCAAUUAAACACUACACCUCAAAAAUAAGCUCUUCUGAGGACCUGGAAAGGUUGACAACAUAUGGUUUUCGUGGGGAAGCUUUGGGAUCAAUUUGCUGCAUAUCAGAGGUUUUGGUCACAACAAGGACAGCUGUUGAUGAUUUCAGCACUCAGUAUACAUUGGAUAGCACUGGGCAUAUAACUUCCAAAAAACCUUCCCAUCUUGGGCAAGGUACUACAGUAACAGUCCUAAAGUUGUUUCAGAAUCUUCCUGUAAGAAAGCAGUUUUACUCAACAAACAGAAAAUGUAAGGAAGAGCUGAAAAAAAUCCAAGAUCUACUGACAGCGUAUGGUAUCAUAAAGCCGGACCUGAGGAUAACCUUAACACAUAAUAAGGCAGUUAUUUGGCAGAAAACCAGGGUAUCGGAUCACAAAAUGGCCUGUAUGUCAGUUCUGGGAACAGCCGUUAUGGGCAGUAUGGUACCUUUUCAACACUGCUGUGAAGAUCCUGAGAUAAAUCUCUCUGGAUUUCUCCCAAAAGCUGAGUCAGACAGUUCUUUAACAAGCCUUUCAAGUUCAGAAAGGAGUUUCAUUUUUGUAAAUAAUCGUCCAGUUCAUCAGAAGGAAAUACUGAAGUUAAUUCGACAGUACUACAAUCUGGUGACACACAAGGACUGUACUCGCUUAUAUCCUGUUUUCUUUCUCAAUAUUACUGUGCCUGCCUCUGCCGUGGAUGUGAAUUUAACACCUGAUAAAACUCAAGUUUUACUUCAUUAUAAGGAAUCUGUCUUGCUUGCUGUUGAAAAUGUGUUGAAGUCACUGUAUGGGCCGCUACCUGCUGCAGUCCCUGGUGAAAGUAAUAAAACAGAUGUUAACUCAGAAGACAUGUUUGUUCAUAGAACAGAACAAACAGAUGUGGUUGUUAAUAAAAUGAGGCCAUCUGGAAACGAUAAUCUACAUGCUCAUACUUCAUUCCUUUCAUUCAGUAGUGAUGUGCAAAACUGUCAAGCAGGAAAAAACACAGAGAUCUGCUUAAAUCAUCAGACGUUUUGUGGUGAUAAUGUACAUAGCUGCCUGGACAAAAAAGAGGUUUCUAAGAAUGAUGCCUGUCCAGACAGUUCCUUAAAUUUAUUGUGUGAGGAGGAACAGAAUGGACAAAACAUGACUGAUGUUCAAAGUGACAGUGUUCUUGACCCCAAGUCUAAAAAAGCUGAUGAGCAUCUUUUGAAUUCUGAUAAUAUUGAUGAAAUAGAAAGAAAUAAGCAAGCCUUAGUCCCUAAAGACUUACCUGAAAUCUCUGCUGAUAAUUGGAGUAUGGGAAGUGGAUUUAAAAACAGUCUAGGAGAUAACUUGGAACCUGUUAAGAUUUUGAUUCCUGAAGUUGUAGAAACAAUAAAUAAGCAAAAUGAACAUACUGAUGAACAAAGCAAUGGUCCACAAGUCUCAAAUCAAAGCAUAAAGAAAAGAAAUGUGUUCAGUGAUAAAUUUGGACACGUGACAGCUUAUGACUUAAUUAGUAGUAGAAUAAUAAGGAAAGCCAAGUCUGCAUUUGGAUUUUUCACUGAAGAAUGUCGUCCAAAAUUAAUUGCUGAUAAUCCGAAGACCAGCAUGGGGGACAUCCUUCUGAAAAUUGAAGAGCAGUGGAAGAAUUUGAAUGAAGAGGAAAAAAAGAAUUACGAAAUAAAGGCAGCUAAGGACCUGGAACGGUAUAACAGAGAGGUCAAGAAAGCUACAGGGCAGACAGUGCACCGACCAACAAAGGAGACAGAAAAACAGAAAACCAAACUGAAGACUUCCCCAUCCGACCAGCGGAAGCUUGACAAGAUAUUUCAUGUUCAAAUUGAAAAGAAAUGGAAACCUGAACAGCCUACGAAAAUUGUGACAGUGCCUUUUUCUCUAAGUUCCUGUACACAUCAUCUUCAGAAACAUGAGAAAAAAGAUUCAGAUGAACAUGAGCUUUUCCUCAUCCGUCGUCAGAGUUUUCCUGAUGUCUGGAUAUUUAGUAAUGAAAGAAAGCUAAUGUUGCUGAAUCCCUAUAGACUGGAAGAAGCCCUGCUACGUAAAAGAUUACUGAUGAAUCAUAAGCUUCCAGUAGAGAAACUGGACAAGCCAAUUGUGUUAAUGGACAGUCUUAUUGGUGGAUCUCAAUAUAUGGCUGCUCUUUAUAAAAUGCAGAAGGACUACCAGAGUUUCAAUGGAUCAGGUUAUUUGUCAGAUCCAAGGCUUGUAGCAAAUGGAUUCCAGAUAAAAGUGAUAGAAGAUGCUUCAGCUACAGAAAGUCAUUUGGAAAUAGAAGGAAUGGCAAAUUGUCUGCCAUAUUAUGGUGUUUCUGAUUUGAAAGAAAUUCUGAAUGCAGUAGUUAAUGGAAAUGCAAAGGAAGUACAUGAAUGUAGACCUCUCAAAGUGGUAAAUUACUUGGAGGGAGAAGCAGUACGUUUAGCUCGGCAGCUGCCCUUACAUUUGUCAAAAGAAGAUGUACAAAACACAAUUUACAGGAUGAAGCAACAGCUUGGAAAGGAAAAUAAAGGCUGUGUUCAUGGUCGUCCUUUUUUUCACCACUUAACAGAUAUUCCAGAAGUUGACAAGCACGACUCCAUGGAAAUGAAUCAGUAAAUGGAACAUUUUGUUUGGGAUCAUAUUUCUCUUGCUUAAUUUUGAUUAUUACUCUGUAAUUUCAGUAUGUUUUGUGCAAAGCUUUUGUAUAAUGACUUUUCAUUAUCAUAUGCUCAACUCCUAGAGACUGUUUUAAUUUAAAUUCAAAUGCUACUUGAAAACUGGAAAGAAGUGUUGUAGAGAAACAACUUAUCACUAUUUUUUAAAUAAUUUAUUAAAGAAAUAUUCUCAUUUGAUUUGAUGCUGCUCUUAAUGAUGCAGGUUUAGAAAACACCAGUAUCUCAAAAUUUUUUAGGUGUGAAGUACUUAGAAGUUACUUUCCACAGAGCCUGACAAAGUUUAUUGUACUAAGGACUUGAGAUGUUAAAUUUCAAAGGAAUGGCAGAUAGCUGUAGGUAUUUAAACAUUGCAUUGCCGUAUACAGUUAUUAUAGUUACAUUUUCGUGGUCUUCUCUUUCUAUUUGGAAAUUGUUAGCUCGCAUAAAUGAGUAUUGAAGUCUUAGUGCCCACUCUCCAAAAAGGGUUUUUUACACACAGAAGUGUAAUUCUUAAAAGUAUAGUACACUUAAAAUUUUAGAUCAACAAAGACUUGCUAGUGACUUGAAAGUUGAAAGUCUUAUAGUCACAGGAGGCCAUGUUAGGACAGAAAGCAGAUGCCGAUACAUGUGCAUUGGUGCAUUGUGCGUAACAAACUGGUUAGGGGUGGUAACCAUUAACUGUCCUCACUUGAGAAUGUGGCAUAACUAGGGCAAAGUCUACUGUAUAGACAGUUAUUGAUUCUGGUAAAUUUGUUCAUUCUUUCCCUACCAGAAUGUUAUGUUUCUUUCUCUACUUCAAGUAGUAGCCUACUUCCAUAAAGCUACCCAGUUAUGCCUUCUGUGCAUAGCAGAUGCAAUGCCUCUGGAAGAGCAUGCUUUGAAAGUUUCAGCCUUAAUAUUCCUGUCCAUCCCAGUUGUUCUGUUGUUAACAAGUCUUAGUACUAUGAAAAUGAGGUGGUAAGACCUAGCUUUGUAGCAUUGCUAUGGCUGCUGGGGAAAUGGUUGAAGGUUGCUGAAAGAACGGUGUGCAAGCUAGUUUGUGGGCAGGAGUAUUGGACCAGAAAAGCCAAUGUACAAUCUGAAAAUCUUCAGUUACCGAUCUAUAGCUCUGUAGCAAAUGAUGUUGAGCUGGUCAAGUUAAGAAACCACAUCACAGCAAUCCAUGACAACAUCUAACUUCUAAACUGAAACAUAGUAAUGAUAUUUUUAUGCCAUUAAAAUGAAGUUUAUCCUUUUAAUAAAGAACAGGGAUGACUGAGGGCACAAGCAGGGUAUCUUUCCAAACCUAACUAGUGAGCAAGGCACAAGAUGAGAAUGUCACUGCAAAACUGGACACUUGUUGGCUGCAAAUGUCACUCGGUGCAGAAGAUGUGAAUUUUUAGAAUGGAAGUGAGAAGGUGGAUGGAGACACAGGAAGGAGACGUGACUCUUGGCUCUGGGGGGGAAACAGGAUCUCAGCAUGCAGUGGAUGCAGAAGGUUAUAGUUUGGUUAUUUUUAUGCUUGUUUGGAUACAAACUGUGAGAGUUUAGAGAGUAGCUAUUACAGUGAGAAAAGCCAAAAGCAAGCUGGAAAAUGAAAAUUUAUCUCCAAACUGAGGUUGUUGGAACUUAAAUGAAUAUAUGCACCAAUUCUAGUUGGGAAUAAUGUGUAGUAUUUAAUGAAAUAAGUAAUUGCUGGCUCUUUUCCAAAAGGUAAAAUACCUAUAUCUUAGUUACGCUGGAGCAAAUGCUAGUAUCUUCAAUAAAAGUAGUCAAUAUCAAGUGCUUUCAUACAGCAAUGGCAUUGCAGAGGACAAAUUUGUUUAAUAGAUAUUCAGGUCCUAGGUUGAAGAUAAAAAGGGACUGGCAAGUUGGUGUUCAUAGGUGCCAAAGGGGGCUUAGUUGCUAGAGAAGCAAGUCAGUGCCAGCAUUGCUGUGUACGCAGGUGUAGCAGGUCAGAGGCUGAGUCAGCCUUCCUUCCCUGCUCCCUUCUUUCCUGGCUAGGUUUGCCAUACGUUACCUCAGAGGGCUGCUGUGGAUAUCUUCCUUAGGUGCACGUACAUAUAGUUUGAUUUUUGUCUCUAUGGGAUCUUGGAGGUGGUUGUGGGGCUGGGUGCCAGCACAGCUUUGAAGCUUUAAGUCUAGGUCUACCACAGUACUUGUGACUGGAUUUGCAAGUUGAAAUUGAGUUGCUCUGAUACUGUGCCAAUGGGAGAUGGGUUUAGGCAAGGUGGGUCUCUGUUUUAUUCAGUAUGGACAGAGGAAAUGGUAUUUUCCUGUUUCUAGAGAUGCUUUUGCUGAUACCUCUAGUGAUUUUAUGUUCCUUAUUUAAGCUAAGUACCCCAGUUCUAGAUUUACAAGUUUAAAAAAAAGGCAAAUGGCGUGCUGAUGUCAUGAAUGGUUCUUGAGAAGGCGCAUCAACGAUUGCCAUUGCACCUGGUGCCACUCAGAUGUUUCAUUAAGUAUUGAACACCCGGAGGCUCUCUGGAGAGCAUGCACAAGCUGCAUGUCCUUGCAGCCAGUUGAUAAGUCCCCAGCUGUAUGAGCUGUUGGAAGGGAAGAAGAAAGCGUAAAAUGUGUCAUGAGUGGACUUGGUUCCUGUUGUGCUUGACCUCUUACCUUAGAAGAAAAAACAGUGGGGCAUGACGUGACAGGCACAUUUCCUUGUGGCAAGCAGACGGGCUGCCCUGCCCCAUGGUUGUAUCCCACACUGUGGACUCAUGCAGCUAUCUCCCCUACAGCAGCUAUCUCCCCUACAGUAUUGCAGGGGACUUGGAAUAUUUGCGCUGCCCUCUGCUGGCAUUUUAUUUUAUACAACUUUUGCUGCUUCAAAUGAUGGGUCGGCAGGUCACAGUAUCAUCACUCCUUCCUUACUUUCAGUCACUGGCAGGUCAAAGUCUUACUGCUUAUUAUGAUUCUCAUAGUGUGCAUGUUGGCCUUCCUAAAAUAUGUAGUGCAGGUAUCAGUGUUCCCAAAGGGCUAAUCAUGAGCUUUCCAGACUAACACACAAUCUCAUAAUAAAAAUGAAAAAAACCUUUUAGUUGUACGUAGCGUAUUUUUCAGAGGAUCAUUCGUACAGUCAGUUUGGGCAGGAUCAGUGUGUUUGCAGCUUGGGUUUAUGCCUCAGACAAAUUCUGAGAAAUUGUACGUUAUUUUAAUAAGAAACAAAUACCAAUUUUCUUUUUAAAUAGAGGAAAAUAUCAUUGGGAAAAAAAACCAAAACUAUUUCUCCCUGGGUGUGAGUAUGAGUAUAAAGAUGAAAUGGUGGUAGUGCCUUUUGUGUUUCUUUUCUGAAUGUAUUUAGAAUAUUAAUAAUGAAGUUUCUGUUUUCUCUCAGUUAAGAAGUGUUUGUGUGAAAGGAUUUGGAGUAUUUCUGAGGAUUUUUUCUUCUUCUUUUAAUAUGAGUAAUAGCAGUUCAGAGAAUAAUAGCAAAACCAGAGAAAUUAGCAGUCAUUGGCACCACUAAAAUAUCUGUGAUGUAAUUUGUGAUUUGUUAAAAUUGAUUCUGUAUUACUAUGUGCUAAUAUAGAACAUUUAAAAUAACCUGUGAUAGAAUCAGCAGCACUCUGUUUAGUGGUACAAACACUCAUUCCUUGCUCUCAAUUUAUGCCAGUGGUUUAAUUUCUCCUUUCUUUUUCUCCAGCAUAGGUAAUGGUAUUCCUUUUAUGAGAGCAAGCAUCAGAGAGUAACUUUUAAAGUUUUUGAAAGGUUUAUAACAUUUGGUCUUGAGAGCCUGUUUUACUUUCUGUCUCAUUUUGUUUUGCUGGGGAGGACGGUUUUGUUUUGUUAAAGAAAUAUAUUUCUGAAUUAAUUUUUCAGUUGCAAUAGUAAUGUUGAAGGAUUCCUGAAUGUUUUGUUUCUUUGGUACCCAGCAUUUAACAGGUUGAGUUAGCAAUUGUAUGAAACUUAAGGUAUAUCCAUUUAGUUUUGGAAAUGGAAAGCUACCAGAAGUAGCUUCCACUCCCCUCCACUCCCUAAGUAUGAAGUAUCAUAUCUGAAAUUAUGGAGAGUAUAAAUUUGGAAAUGUUAAAUCUUUUGUUAAUGGCUUCGAAUUAAGCACACAUUGUUGCAGAUGAUUUGGAGGACUUAUUUAAAGUAAAUAUACAAUUUCAAGCUCAAUUAUCAUUCAUAGUUUAACUGAACAUAGUGAGGUAUUAGGUCUGUGAAUUUGAUACAGUGUUACUUCAUAAUUACAAUGCUUUUUUUACAGUAAAUUUGAUAUAGAACAGUUGCUAAAGGAAAGCUGCUGAACAGUGUGACCAACCAUUUUAUGGGACACAUCUGGUGCAUUAGUUCAGGAUGUGCACUGCAGAAGAACAGAGCCUUUUGCACAAAAUGAGAAGGAAGCUAACUCCACAUGUAUACGUUUUUGCGGACAUGCGGAGAGGUUAAACAAUUACGAGUUAAUUGUGUAAGAUAAUAGGAGGAGUGUUCAUGAUGUCAUUUGAAAAUAGCUAAGGAGGAAAUGGAGGAGAAUUAUUGUUUUAAAGUCUCCAAUGAAUGGUUUACACCUGUUAAUGUUACAUUUAGAACAGCUGUUUCUUUUACUAUCAGUAAACAGAUGCAGAAAGUAAUGGAAUGUUUUAAAGCAAUAUGUUAAUCCUGUCUUCCACUACUGAACAUUCUCACAAUAUCAUGAUUAAAUAUUAACUGUAAUGCUGCUGUCAUCUGCAGUUACAGAAUUCUUAGGUGUUUUUUUUAAUAAUUUGUAUCUACAGUUGUAAAUGUGUAUCCAAAGUUAUUGUAAUCUUUCCUCAACCCAUUGUAAGUCUUUUUGCCCAUCAGUAAUUUUUUGAUGACUUCAUUGGGCUGAAUUAGUCAGCCAAAGCAACCCUGACUUUGGUUUUGCUCAGAGUUCUUCUUCUAUAUUUGUAGUUUCACCUCAAAGUGAAGUAAGCUGUUAUUUAUAAGGUGAGAAGAAACUGUUCUUGAGGGCACAGGUUAACACACAUCAUACGAGCUCCAUAUGAAGUUAGUUGGUUCUUAUAAAUGAAGCUUAGUCAGAGUAUGCUCAGUUAGGUCCAGCACUACAUGCUGGGAUUGUACCAGUCAGGUGGUACAGAAGAGGUUCUUGUUUAGUGAUGGAAUUUUUUGGCUAAUGUGAAAAUAAUUUUAAUCUUAAUUUAUUUAGUAUCUGUGUGUCUUAAAACAAAUACAUUUUCCUACUAAGGUUUUGAAGUAAGGAACAACUAUGGUUCUGACAGCCUCCUGGAAAAAAAAUACCUAAAACUGCAGAUGCAGUACCACGUGUACCUAGGAAGAAAACAAAAAUAUUUAAAAACUUGUGUGUAAACUGGCCUGAUAAACCAGUACCUGCCACUCAAAAGUGGCAAUAGUAGUUCAACUGGAAAAUAUCUGUCUUGAUUUUAGAAUUACAGUAUCUGUAAAUGUUCUAAGAAAUGUAAAAUUUCAGUGAAAUAUCGUGUGAUUGUGGAGCAUUGCUAGCACUCCAAGAACGGAAGUGCAGAAGAUUAAUACUGUAUAACUGGUUUGGCAGAUUAGUUUUCAGGAAAUGUAGAGACCAAUGAACAUGGCAGCUGCAUUAUUAAAAUACUGUAUUCAAGCCCAGGUCAAAUUGUUCAUUCAUGCAUGGAGUAAGUCAGCAUUAAUUGAAUCAUUACAUUUUUUACAUAUUUUAAAUAACCAAUCUUUUUUGCUUCAGCACUUAAAAUGCUUGUUUAAAUUACAGUAUUCACAAGGAGCAAGCACUUUAACAGAGGAAUGGUGUAUGAUGCAUUUAUAUGUGAGUGUCACUUGUCAAGUCAUUGCAGUAAUAAAAUUGCAUUGAUAAACUAAGAUUCUACCUUAUUUCUAAUAUCAGGACUGCCUGGUUUUGGAGGAUUUUAAAUAUGCUUGGUCAGGUAAAAUUAUCUAAGUUACUAUAAAAUAGCAAAGAGGUUAUGUCAUGUUCUCAUUAGCCUGGUGCUGUUUAUGUUAGGUAAAUAAGAAACAGUGCUCUUGAGAAAAGGUAAAAGAAUUUAUUUUCUAAAAAAAAGAAAAAAGAGGAGGGGAGGGAGAAACCCUCUUGUGUUUGUUAAGUAGCUUUUAUAGAGUCUUCUCAUCUCACUUCAAGAGAACGAGAAGUUAUUUUUUAAGUAAUUUGAGUUCAUUUCAUAUAUAGUAGUGGUUGAAAGACAGAUGGUUUCAUAUGUGAGGAGCAAAUCAAAGUAUGAUUCUUGUCAGACUUGCCCAAAACUGACUAGUAGUAAGUGGAUUAUUUCGAAGCAAUGUGCUGUUGGAUUUCUGUUGUUCUUUAUGUGAGCCAGCAAAGCUUAUUAUUGUUUAGUUAGUUAACGUUCCUGAUGGUCCCUGACAGCUUAGGUGUGUGUAAGUUAGAACUAGAACCUGUUAAUAGUUACUAAUACCUUGAAACUGUAUACAUGUGCUUCUAGAAAAAUGUCUUCUCACCAGAGAAAUUCAUACAGUUACUUCUCUCACAAGAUAGCCUUCUCUGUUACAGGACAUUUCCUUAGCUGUUGCACUUAAAGCUUCACAUUCAGCUUCAAAAUCCCCUUUUUCAGAACUGCUUACCUAUCAUCCCAUUGACACUUAGGAGAGCAAUACCUUUACACUUUAUUUACAGCUACUUUUGAGCAGCUUAAAAUGCUUCUAAAGAAGUGUGGAUUUGAAAUUCCAGUUUUGGUCUAUUUCUGUAAAUGAGUAAAUGUGAUUAUGCAUCAACUGUUAACAGCAAUAAAAUGGCCUUUUAGAAUAGUAUUAUUUUACACUAUUAGUGACCUUCACUGUAGAACCUGAAAAGGCUGAAUUGUGCACCAACCACUUCUAGAUUAUGGAAACUGAAGAAAAAGCUCAAUCAGCUUUGAGCUAGAUGCAGAGCGUACAGAAGAAAAAACCCCAAAUCUGCAUUUUUUACUAUGAUGAACAUAAACCUAAUGGUUAAUGGGUGGGUGAAGUUUAUUCUUCCCUAAUUGUGAACUCCUCAUGGAGCCCUCAGGAGUAUAUGAUUUCUGACUCUAAACUACUUUGAGUUAUCAAAAGUUAGGCAGUUUUUCAUUAUUAUUGUGUCCUGUUUCUUCCAAAUUUAUUUGGGUGCUAUAUAGCAAUAGUGUGUUGAAUUCUUUAGUCAUGUAAUGAAGGUUUUGAGCAUACACCAUUGGAUUUUUAUAUUUUUUAAAAAUCUAACCCCAACUUUGUGGCUGCAGAAUUAAUAACACUAAAAUCAAGUCCAUCUAAGGAAAGGCUUAAAUGAGAAAAUAUAUUGCAAUAAUAACUAUCUUGCCAGUUUUCUUCUGGUUGCCAGUCUACGUCUCUUAACUGUAGCUCAAAAAUCUGGAGCAAGUAUUUUGGCAUAGCACAGUUUGUUGUAAGGAAGAUUUAAUAGCUUGUUAUGUCCUAUUUCUAUAAACAGAAGUCAUUUAGAGUUCAGCAGAUAUAUUUAGAAUCAGCAUUUGUGUUGGUAGUUACAAGCCGAAUAAAAUAAUCUUUGAAAAGCUCAAUAUACAGAACGGAAUAUGCAAGUUCAAAUUUACCUCUCAGCUAAUUCUCUUUCGAGAGAAUCAGGCAUAUUCAUAAAUACUAACCUGCAAAAUUGAGAAUCACACUUAUUUACCAGCAUUUUUAACCAUAAGUUGAACUGUUGUGUGCAAACAUUAAUAGUUUUGAGAGAGUUUUAUUAUUACUGGACUAGAAUAGGUCUUCAACUGUAACUUUAUCCUGGCAAAAGUCCCUAAUCUUCAUAAAGGAAGAUUUGUCUGUCUUGCUGCAUUGUAAGGCCCAAUAAAAUGGACAGUGGAAGCUCUGGAGAGGUCUUCUCUACUUUGGGCUACAUAGAGUGAAAAUAUUAAUAGGAGUUUAUAUUGAUUUGUAAUCUAACCUGUGAUUUGUGACUUCCAGGUAAGCGUAAUAAAAGUAUGCAAAGUCAGUUGAAGGUACGAGUUUUAUAGUGAAUAGUAAAUUAAAAUCAUAGUGACCUUUUGGUCUUGCUGAUCAUGUGCGUAAAGAUGUUCAUCUGUUGGUCUGUGCUAUUCACAGUUAUGGGACUCUUGCUCAGGGGAUAACAGGUAUGAGCAAUAGUCUUGUAUAUUUGUUCUACUGGUAUUUUUUGAGAAAAAAUAGCAAUUAAAAUAUUUAUAAUCACACCUUGAUGUAAUUUUUUUUGUAUUCUGUUUCAGAAAAGGUUGCAGUUCUUUUCUUAUGAAAAAAAAAGGUUCACUUUGUGUUCUAAAUAGACGUCAGUACCCUAGUUUAAAUUUCAAGUGAUAUUCUGCCCUGAUUGCUGGCUCUGGCCACUUCAGUGUGAAGUCUGAUAAAUUUCUGCCAUAUCAUUUCUGGUGUAGGUUUUGCCAAACAGAAGUUUCAAAACAAGUAAUGAAAAGCAUAUCUUAUAUUGCUCUUUCUUUUCCCUCCUUCAUUUUAACACAACAAUAACUGUUGCCCUUUAUUUUAUAUUAGAUGUGUCCAUGCUUUCAGCAUCACAAAAAAUGUCACCCAAUCAUGUGAUCACCUUGUCAUUAAAGAAGCAUCUUGCAAGGAUUAUUUUGCAAAUAACUAAAACCUUAAUUUUAUGUUCUCACAGGACAUUUUUCUGUUUCUAACAUGUUUGAAUUUUGAUUGUUUCAGUAGGUAUCUGAGAAGUUUUCGUCAGGUAUAUUGUUUUUUGUGUCAUUACUGGAGAGACAAAACAGGAGUACGUUGGGUUUUUUUGUUAUGUUACUUAGAUUAUAAAAUGGUACUUUACAAUGUUCAUUGCUGUUCAUUCAAGUGUCAGAAUGUGAAGUUGUAUACACAAAUGAGAGUCAUGCAUAUUUGUCUCCUCAUUAAAGUGGUGUAUUAAAAAGAAGACUGGUCAUGUAGCUGGCUGUUGGCAAAUCUGGGAACAGAACCUAACACAUUGAUAGUGUUUCCCCACUUUAACUACGUUGAAAGUCUGCUUUUGCGGGAAAACUAUAUGCUAGUACCAAAUGCUAUAUGUGAUGCGCAACACAAAAUAUUUCCCGUUUUCAUUUUAUGUGACAUGACCUGUGGGCUAGCUGAAGAAAACAUCACUGAG